CGCACCCCGUGACGAGUGCAGGAUUUUCUCCAGAGCCGAAGAGGCGUCGGGAUCCGUCGGGACACACAGCAGCAGCGGCGACGCACCUUCAAUUGUAGUUUAAACUUUCCAACAAACGCCUAUGAUGUGUUGUGUGACAUAUUGCCAUGCUGCGGGAAACGACGCGGCUGAUCGACGCGCCUGAUCGACUGGCCUGAUCGAUUGGCCUGAUCGAUUGGCUUCACAACGCUGUGCGUCUCAGAGGAAGCAGCAGAGAGGAGAACUCGCGUGGUGGUGCGGUUACAGCGGGCUGUUGCGGUAAGGCAACAUCAUGGAGGCUGGAUGCGCGGUUGCCGCGGUGAUCGAGAAUGCUGCUUCCGGACCAGGGGGAGAAGCAGGAAGUGGUGACGUCCCUGAAGGACCUUGUGCCUCCGACGGAGCCAAAGAUGACGCCUUACCACCACCAGCUAUAACCCCCAACCCAGAGAAGACCCCCCAAGAGCUGUCCACUGCCAGGUUUACGACAGUCGGGAGUUCAAAGUCUGACGCUAGCGGGCUAACAGUGUCCCGUACUGAAUGCGUAGGGGGGAAAUGGCCGCUGCGUGCUCACCGCGAGACGGCUGGUUAUGGAUGGUGGGUCGUUGACAUUGGCUCCUGUUUUACUCUCGGCCAGAUGGGGAGCGAUGACGUCACCGAGCCCCCCCCGGCGGCGGAGCCACUCCUGCGCUCCUGCGUGAGCACGGCCAGCAUGAAGGUCAAACACAUGAAGAAGCUCACCUUCACCAGAGGUCACUUCCCGCGGCUGGCAGAGUGCGCCCACUUCCACUACGAGAACGUGGACUUUGGCACCGUCCAGCUGUCUUUUGCAGAGGACCAAGGGGAAGGACAGAAGGCUGGCCUGGACUCUAAAGAGCUGCUGUUUCUGGUCCAGAUCGGCUGCCAGGGCCGGAGCUGGCUCGUGAAGCGGUCCUUCGAGGACUUCAGGGUGCUGGACAAGCACCUCCAUCUGUGUAUUUUCGACCGGCGUUUCUCCCAGCUAGCCGAGCUGCCUCGCCAUGAAACACUGAAGGGACCCGAUGAGUGUGUCACCAAGAUGCUGGCCGCAUACCUUUCCCAGUUCUCUGCCCUGGCUGACAACAACAUCAACUGCGGUCCGGUCUUGACGUGGAUGGAGAUCGACAACAAGGGGAACCACCUGCUGGUGUCUGAGGAGUCCUCCAUCAACGUGCCGGCCAUCGCCGCCGCCCACGUCACCAAGCGGUACACCGCCCAGGCCCCGGACGAGCUGACCUUUGAGGUGGGGGACAUUGUGUCGGUCAUCGACAUGCCCCCUAAAGAAGACACUGGCUGGUGGAGGGGGAAGCACGGCUUUCAGGUCGGCUUCUUCCCCUGCGACUGCGUGGAGCUGAUAAGUGAGAAGAUGCCCCCCACUGUGGAGAGUGCCAUGCCAAAGCCAGUGUGUAAGAAGCACGGCAAGCUGGUGACCUUCCUGCGGUCCUUCAUGAAGUCGCGGCCCCCCCCCCAGAAGCUGCGCCAGCGGGGGAUCCUGAAGGAGAGGGUGUUCGGCUGCGACCUGGGAGAGUACCUCCAUAACUCGGGAUAUGAAGUGCCCAAGGUGGUGCGGAGCUGUGCAGAGUUCAUUGAGAAGAACGGCGUGGUGGACGGCAUCUACAGACUCUCUGGGAUCUCCUCCAACAUCCAGAAACUCAGGCAUGAGUUUGACUCGGAGCAGGUGCCAGACCUCAGCCGGGACGUGUUCAGACAGGACAUCCACUCGGUGGGCUCCCUGUGCAAGCUGUACUUCAGAGAGCUGCCCAACCCGCUGCUCACCUACCAGCUGUACGAGAGGUUCUCCGACGCCGUGUCUGCCUCCACAGAUGAGGAGAGGCUGGCCAAGAUCCACAACGUCAUCCAGCAGCUGCCCCCUCCGCACUACAGGAGCCUGGAGUUCCUGAUGAGGCACCUUUCCCGCCUGGCCACCUUCAGCCCCAUCACCAACAUGCACACCAAGAACCUGGCCAUCGUCUGGGCCCCCAACCUGCUCAGGUCCAAGCAGAUCGAGUCGGCCUGCUUCAGCGGCACAGCGGCCUUCAUGGAGGUCCGCAUCCAGUCGGUGGUGGUGGAGUUCAUCCUGAACAACACGGAGAAGCUGUUCAGCUCCAAGCUCAACCCCGCCAUACGGGACGGCACAGGUAACAACACCCUCUCCAGGCCCAAGUCCCUCCUGGUGUGCUCCCCGUCCACCAAGCUCCUCUCGCUGGAGGAGGCGCAGGCCCGCACCCAGGCCCAGCUCGGCUCCCCCGCCACCACGCCCUCGCUCUCCCCCAGCGAGUACAUCGAGGUGGGCGAGGGCCCAGGGGCCCUGGGCGGCAAGUUCCACACCGUCAUCGAGCUGCCGGCGGAAAGCAAACGUCUUCCCGGUAAGGGGAAGAAGUCUCCCGUGGGGAACUGGCUCUCCUUCUUUCACCUGGGAAAGUCGCACUCAGUCUCCAAACGCAAGCUGAAACGCCACCCCAGCGAGCCCAACGACAUCAAGAGUAUCCCACUGCCAGGUGGGCGGGGCCACGGCGGAACCAUACGCUCUACGAAGAGCGAGGAGUCGCUGACGUCGCUGCAUACCAUCGAGGCUGAGCCCUCGGCCUACCGUCCCUCGCGGCCACGCUCCACCAGCGAAGCGCUGUCCCUCUCCUGCAAGGUGGAGGAGCCGGCGACACGCGUCGACGGUCACCACGGCAACCGCCCCGCUACCACGGGGCACCGCCUGCUGCUCUCCCCAGCCCCGCCCCCGGCGGAGGAGGAGGACGACGACCUGGACGACCUCAGCCCGCCGGCGCCUGGGAGCUUCAACUUGGACUUCGACCCCAUGUCCUUCCAGUGCAGCCCGCCCGCCGCCAUCCCCGGGCCGCGGCAGCACGCCCGCCAUGACGGCGGCUCCCGGAAGGGCGUGGCCGGGGGCUCCGGGCCCCCCGUCUCCUCCCCUCCCAACGGCGUUCCGGGCCCCUCCCGCUCCCCGGACCUCCGGGGCGGGAGGAAGGCCGGCCAGCCGCCGUCGUCGCCGUCUAAACUCAGGAAGUCCGUCAAGACGCAGCGCAUCACCUCCGCCUCGGCCGCCGCCGCCGCAGCUCCGACCACGCGGGCCGACGUGAUCGCUUCGUCGUCUUCCCACCGCGGCCACCAGGGGCCGCCGCCGCCGCCGGACACGCCCCCGCCGGUCCCCACAUCCUCGCCGCCGUCGGAGCGCUGCGAGGCGGGCCCCCGGGGCGCCUGCGGGGCCCGCAGCCCCCACAGCAGCCAGUCCAGCCAGGCCUCGGCCCUCACCGAGCUCAGCCAGGCCGCUCAGAGCCUGCCCGACCCAGGAGCAGAUAGACUUGUGAGUUCAGUGUCUGUGCUCCCACCCCAUCCCCCCAUGACGAGCGCCGCCCGCAAGCUAGCCCUGGCCCUGGCCGAGUCGGCGCAGAAGGCCAGCGAGGCCGCGCCCCCCCCAGCGGAGGACCGCCGCCUCCUCCGCCCACCACGGCCACCACCGCAGCCCCUCCUACCCGUCCCCCCCGCCCCAGCGCCCGGACGGCCCCCACCCGGCCGACAGGACCCCCCCCACGCGGCCCUCCGUCCUCCACCUGCAGGUGCAGUACUGCGGGCCCCGAGGCGGCCAGUCCGAGCGGGGCUCCCCCCAGCUCCUCUCGGACCCCCACCGCUGCCAACACCCCUCCCACCACCUGCUGCCCACGCACCGCUGUUGCGAGUCCCCGCUGCAGGAGCCCCCGGGGAGCCCCAACGCCAGCCCGCUGGGUUCCGGGGGCCCGGAGGAGGGCCGCCCCAGGAGGCGCUGCCAACGGAGGGACCGGGGCCCGCUGAGGGCCCCCACGACAGAGGAGGAGGACGAGGAGGUGGUCCGAGGGGGCCCCGACGACGGGCGGUGGGCGGAGCGACCUACCACAACGUGGGCGUGUCCACGCCCACCCAGUCCGCCUUCUGCGCCGUACGGAGCCCGUCCGGCGGCGGCGGCGGCGCCGUCUACGCCAACAGCGACUCGGUCAACGUCUUCAACUUCAGGACCGUCCUGGCCGAGAGCCCCAUGCCCGGCUCGGUGGGGGAGGUCCUGCCCCGGCCGCCCCCGCUCUCCCCCGGCCCCCGCUACGACGAGAGGACGGCCAUGGCGGUGGCGGCGGCCAUGGAGGACGUCUACGGCCGGCGCCACGGCGGCGUCCUGCCCGGCCCCCCGCGGUCGCCCCUCUACCCCCGGCCCGACGCCCUGCCCUUCCACCUGUCCCGCCCCGACGCUGCGUUCCGCCACUCCACGGAGGGCCGCUAUCCCGGCACCCUGGGGCCCAAGCACCCCUCGUCGCCCCAGUACGGCGGCCGCCCCGGCCAUGGCGGCGAGCUGCUGAUGGGCGGCGGCGGCCUCCGGGGGCCGUGGGAGCGUCCGGACGAGGGCCGCCUGCGGCACCCGGCCAUGCGGCGGGCGCGCUCCUUCCACGCGCCGCAAUUCAGCCACUACGAGAUCGCCGAGGCGGAGGUGGUCCCCCCCGAGGCCCUCUACUACGUCCAGAAGCCCCCCGGCUCGGAGCCGCCGUACCGCUGGCUGCUCCAGUCGGACUUCCACCCCUCGGCGCCGUUCGAGGCUGCGCCCGCCCCGUACAGCGGCCGCUACGGCGGCCACUUCCCCACGGACGGCCCCGCCGCCGGGGACCCGCGCUUCUACGGCGAGGCCUUCCGGCCGGGGGGCAUCCGGCACAGCCAGUCCUACACCCUGCGCUCCACCGUGGAGAGCACGCUGGAGCCCGACUACUACCAGCCCCCCCCUCCCCUGCCGCCGCCCCCCCCACCGCCACGCCCCCUCCCCCACCGGGACCUCUUCCUGGACCGCAGGGAGGCAGUGUUCUACGAGGCCCGGGACGCGGACUCCUUCGGGCGGAGGGUCUACCAGCCGGUCCGGGACCACAACGAGGGGAGGUACCACAGCCCCACGCCAGCCGCGCCCUACCAGCGCCCCUCGCCCCCCCCCGCGGACCCCCGCGGCCGGGAGAUCAUGCACACCAGGAGCCGCUCGGACCCCGGCAACGCCUGCCUGUUCUCUGGGGCCGGCGGCGGGGGGGACCAGCAGCGCGAGGCGUCAGUCGUCACGGUGACGGCGCUGUCGCCAGGCCACCAGGCGCCGGCGCUCCACGUCAAACCGGAGGCCGCUCAGGAGCCCCCGCAACGCAAGAGGGAGAGCGUCCACAGGCGGGGCCCGGCCCCCGAGGGGCCCCCGUCCAAGCUCCCGCAGAGGCUCCCGCCGGAUCCCCGGCGGGACCAGCCCCCGCUGCGCAAAGUCCCGUCCCUCCCCGAGAGGAGCCGGCCCCAGCCCCGACGCCAGGACCAGGGCGGGGGCGGGGGGGGGAACAGAAGCCACUCCAGGGGCCGCGAGCACGACCGGCUGACCCUCAGCAACGCCGUCAACAGCGCCGGGGGCCCCGCCAGGUCGGGGGUCCACAGGAGGGCGGGGCGCUCGCAGAGCAUCAAGGAGAACCGCCGCCUGCACCAGGCUAACCCCCCCGGGGCCCCCCUGGGCUCCGAGCCGCAGGGGGGCCCCGGCGGCCCCGCCCCGCCACACAGAAGGACCCAGAGCACGCGGGUGCGGCCCACACGCUACGAGAACGCCGAGGGCUACUACGCCACGCCCAAGGCUAAGGCCGCGAGGGCCCCUAAAGCCGGAGCGGGGUACUUCCCCGGUCACGGCUGCAUGUCCCCCCACCGCCACAGACUGCUGUCCAAGGCCCUGGGCCAGGGGCCCUUCUACCAUGCUGGAGGGAGAUCAGAGGCAGGGGUGUACGAGUGACUCUGAUCUGGUGUCUGUGCGUAUGGGGAGGGGGGGGGGGGGGGGGUGGAAUAGGGACCAGCACUUUAUCCUCUGCCAAACCACCAGUAGUGUGUUAGACGGCUCUCGGUGUGGACCUCUGUGAGCUGCAGAGAGACGCUCACGCUACUGUUAACCGCAUACUAUUGUUGUAGAGAAAGGAGACCCCGAGAGAAUUCAUAGUACUUAUUUAAAUCGUUAUGUCCGAGUUGGUUGAAAGAAAUGUGAAAACGAGUCGAGAUAAUGAACAUGAAGUGAACAGGCGCGGUCAAAACUGGAUUUGUGGAUAUGUUUUAAAAGGCCAACGGGAGGAUGUAUAGAAUACACUGGAUCACAUGAGACAUAACAUUUAUAAUUUGCAUAAAACAAUACAUAGAUGUAUUGUGAGAAAUAUAUUGUAUUUUUGUGGAUUGUUUUUGUUAUUAAAACCGCUACUUAAUUCCGAUACACAUAUAUGGACGUUUGCGUGCCCUCUUUCAUGUACUUUAGCUUAUAUUUUUUAUCUUAAAUUAUUGUGGAAGCACGUUCAGUGGUCCAAUGGUAGAGAACGACCAUGCAGGAUACACUGACUAAUUCAAAUGAAACGUUUGAGUACUAUCAUGUGUUUCCACCUGAUGUAAAUUAAGGCUAAUUCAUCCUUUGGAACGUUAUAUUAUAGAUUUGGCUACAGCCUCAGCUUUUUGCUUCUUAGUAAUCUAACAAUGUGGUAUUGUUGAUUUGUUUUUUUAUGCAUUAUACAUGUUGCCAAUAUAAUAUUGUAAAUGAGGAUAUCGUUUAAGGAGUAUGUGUUUUAUUUUAACAAGAUUCUUUAAUAAUAAUAAAGAUAUCUUACAACUGG